UUUAUUACCUCAGCAGCUCUCCGACUUACUGACAGACACAGACUUGAUGAUAGGAGAGGGAGUUAGUGACAAACUCAGAGACAAAGUCACAUCAAAGAGAAUAUAUGUCUGAAAGUGCGAAAUUCAGAGACAAAAUAUCAAGCACUAAAGUAUCGGGCGCAAAAGUAUAGUGUGGAAAUAUUACAGCUGAGUUAAAAGGUCAUUGAGUGUAAGCCCCAUUAUCUCAGUCAUGUUCUCCGGUCGCUCUCUUCUGCUGCUGUUGCAUAUCUGCAGCCUGACGGUUUCCUCACUGGCCCUGCCCUUUGAGCAGAGAGGAUUCUGGGACUUUUCCAUGGAUGGUGAUGGGGGAAAUCCGACGUCGGUAAUAAUGAGAGAUGAAGAAGGUUCAGGGACGGAGGAAGAGCUGCCACCAGACGUGCCCUUAUGUCCUUUUGGAUGUCACUGCCAGCUUCAUGUGGUCCAAUGCUCAGAUCUCAGUCUGACUGUGGUCCCCAAGGAAAUUCCCAAAGACACCAAACUCCUGGACCUACAGAAUAACCGCAUCACAGAACUUAAGGAAAAUGACUUCAAGGGACUUCCAAACCUUUAUGCCCUGUCGCUGGUCAACAACAAGAUCUCCAAAGUCCACCCAAGAGCCUUCACACCCCUCCUACACUUAAAAAAGCUUUAUUUUUCGAGAAACCUGCUGACGGUGGUGCCCAGGAACCUGCCUCCAUCCCUGGUAGAGCUACGCAUUCAUGAGAACCGUAUUAAGACGGUUCCAGGGGGGACGUUCUCUCGUCUGGGCAGCAUGAACUGCAUUGAGAUGGGCGGGAAUCCUAUUCAGAACAGCGGCUUUGAGCCCGGUGCUUUUAAAGGCCUGAAACUCAACUACCUGCGCAUCUCUGAGGCCAAACUAACUGGAAUACCAAAAGAUCUUCCUGACAGUCUUCAUGAGCUUCAUCUGGACAACAACCAAAUCCAAGCCAUCGAACUAGAAGACCUGAAACUCUAUAAACACUUGCACAGGUUGGGUUUGGGUCACAAUCACAUUCGCUUGAUUGAGAAUGGCAGUCUAUCGUACGUCCAAAAUCUUAGGGAGCUCCAUUUAGACAACAAUCGCCUGACCCGUGUCCCGAAGGGUCUGCCGGAGAUGAAGUACCUUCAGGUUGUCUACCUUCAUUCAAACAACAUUAGCCAGGUGGACGUCAGUGACUUCUGUCCUCGAGGUUUUGGCAUAAAGAGAAGCUUUUACCAUGGCAUUAGUCUUUAUGGUAACCCAGUUAACUACUGGGAGGUGCAGCCUGCUACUUUCCGCUGCGUCACUGACCGAUUGGCCAUUCAGUUCGGAAACUACAAGAAAUAAAGGAUGUGGGAGAUAUUUGGGAAAGAAUAAAGCUGGAAAUGAAACCAAACAGACAAAAAUGGGCUGAAAUGAGAAGGGUGUGUGGGGGCCAGUAGCAUUUCGAAAUCAUUUCUUUUCUCCUCGAAAUAGGGAGAUAAGUAGAAUAUUGGGUCUAAUUAGAUUUUCUAAAACAAAAGGAGAGAAUUGGCAAGGCUCUGGCUCGAUUAAAAAAAAAACCAAUAAUGACCGAAUGAAUAAUGACAGAAUAAUGUUUCUUACAGCAAGCGUUUAAAAGUAUUACCAUUAUUUUAUCAAUUUAAGGGCUCUUUGUUUGAUUUAAUUAUAUUGACAUGUAUUGUUAUAAUGUUUAUUAUUUCAUAUUUGUUUUAUUUUUAUUGGUAAAGUUUGGAGGUACUGUUGAAACUCUAAGGUUGAAUUCACUUUGCUUAAUAAUUGUACUUCUGUGUUGACAAGUUUCUUCAUUUUGUGGCUUUGCCUUGCUUUGGGAGCCUUAUAGUUGAAGAACUUUAAAUCAACGGGGGAAAUGUUUGCAGCACACUUUAAAAGGAUAAGCACAGUUUUCAUGUUCAGAUUAAUUCAACUAAAGGCCUCGUGUCCGUUCCCAGCACUUUUGGGUUUGAGGCUGCUUAAAAAAAAGGACUGUAUUGUAUUAUUAUUUUGCACAGUUUCUUUAUUAGUUCAAAAUCGUAUCAUUUUUUGCUGAAUUUGGAAGUGAUACUGGAUGCAUAUACACUGCCUCAAAUUGCAAUAGAGAACCUAUCGGCUUGACUACAGGUGCAGAAGUGGAGGUACAUCAUGCUGUGACUAAUAAAACUUGAGUUAACAUGAGUUUAAUGUGUUCAGUGGAGUAAAACACUUGCAAUGUUCUCUUUUGUUAACAAAAAGAACAGGUCUCUUAUUUUAUCAAUAAAGCCGAAUAUUGAUUGAUUUGAGCAGCAACA